UCAGAUGUCGGGAGGAAGUUUGGAUGAUGGGAUGGAACAUUUUGCUCAAUCUUAAAAAGAGAGUGGUCACAGAGGUGGGGCUCCUCCAGCUGCUCGGGGAGCCCCCGCCCCAGCAGGUCACCCAGAUUGACGACCCCGAUGUGGGACCAGCCUACGUCUUUGGUCCGGAUGCCAACAGCGGCCAGGUGGCCCGGUACCACUUCCCCAGCCCGUUCUUCCGUGACUUCUCGCUGUUCUUCCACGUGCAGCCGGCCACCGAGGCCGCGGGGGUGCUGUUCGCCAUCACGGAUGCAGCCCAGGCCGUGGUCUCCGUGGGCGUGAAGCUGUCGGGUGUGAGCGACGGCCAACAGUACAUCCAGCUCGUGUACACCGACCCGGGCGCGGCCCGGACACACACGGCGGCCAGCUUUGCCCUGCCCGCCUUCACCGGCCAGUGGACGCGCUUUGCCCUCAGUGUGGACGAUGACACCGUGACGCUGUUUGUGGACUGCGAGAGGAUCCAGGGGGCGUCCUUGGCGCGGUCCCCACGCGCCCUGGAGCUGGAGCCCGGCUCCGGCUUCUUUGUGGCUCAGGCCGGAGAAGCGGACCCCGACAAGUUCCAGGGGAUGAUCGCGGAGCUGAGGGUGCGCAGUGACCCCCAGGUGAGCCCCAUGCACUGCCUGGAGGACGAUGACGACGACGAUGACGGGGCGUCAGGGGACUUCGGAAGUGGGCUGGCGGAGAGCCCGGAGCUUCUCAAGAAGGAAGAGGGAGCACCCCUAAAACCCAGCCCCCCCGAGGCUCCCCCGGUCACUUCUCCUCCCUUGGCUGAAGGCAGCCACUCAGAAGAUUCCAGAACAGAAGAAAUCGAGGAACAAACCACUGUGUCUAUAUUGGGAGCUCAGACCCUUCCUGGCUCAAGUACAGUCAUCACCUGGGACAACAGCCAUGUCCUGGAAGAGGGUCUCGCAGGCCCAGUGGUGCAGAGCCCCCAUGCACGGGCUGUCCCUGGGCCGCAAGGGCCCCCUGGACCCGCGGGGCCACCAGGGAAGGAUGGCGCCCCUGGAAGGGACGGUGAGCCAGGCGACCCUGGGGAAGACGGAAGACCCGGUGACAUAGGCCCGCAGGGCUUCCCGGGAACCCCAGGAGACGUGGGCCCCAAGGGUGAGAAGGGGGAUCCUGGGGUUGGGCCAAGAGGACCCCCAGGACCCCAAGGGCCUCCGGGGCCACCAGGACCCUCCUUCCGACAUGACAAGCUGACCUUCAUCGACAUGGAGGGGUCCGGGUUCAGCGGUGACCCCGAGAGCCUUCGGGGCCCGAGAGGUUUCCCUGGCCCUCCCGGGCCCCCCGGCGUCCCAGGCCUUCCCGGAGAGCCAGGCCGAUUCGGGGUGAACAGCUCCGUCAUCCCAGGACCUGCAGGCCUUCCCGGUGUGCCUGGGCGGGAUGGACAGCCUGGGAUCCCCGGCCCCCCAGGACCUCCAGGAACCCCAGGAAAAGACGGGCGGCCAGGAGAGGCCGGCCAGAAAGGCAGCCUUGGCAAAGUGGGCACCCCAGGACCUAAGGGAAGCAAGGGAGACCCCGGCCCCAUGGGUGCUCCUGGAGAGAACGGCUUGGCAGGAGCCCCCGGACCAGCAGGACCACCAGGACCCCCCGGGCCCCCCGGGCCUCCAGGACCAGGACUUCCCGCAGGGUUUGAUGACAUGGAAGGCUCCGGGGGACCCUUCUGGUUGACGGCCCGAGGCGCUGAUGGGCUGCAGGGACCGCCCGGCAAGCCUGGGGCCAAGGGGGAUCCUGGAACAGCUGGCCCACCAGGGACCAAGGGAGAAGUCGGUGCAGACGGACCCCCCGGGUUUCCUGGCCUUCCCGGCAAAGAGGGCAUAGCUGGAGCCCAGGGACCAAAAGGAGAAAAAGGGACCCAGGGAGAGAAAGGUGACCCAGGGAAGGACGGAGUGGGGCAGCCAGGGCCCCCCGGGCCCCCCGGACUCCCGGGGCCCGUCGUCUACGUGUCGGAGGAGCAGGACAGAGCGGUGUCCGUAACCCAUGGAGUCAAGGGCCAGCCGGGGUACGCAGGCCUCCCCGGACCAGCUGGGCCGAAGGGAGACACGGGCGUCAGUGGCCAGCCAGGCCCCCCGGGACCCAAGGGUGAGAAGGGUGAGCCCGGCAUGGUCCUCAGUCCUGACGGCAGAGUGCUGCCCCCUGCCCAGAAAGGAGCCAAGGGGGAGCCCGGCUUCCGAGGACCUCCGGGUCCAUACGGACGGCCUGGGCACAAAGGAGAGAUUGGCUUCCCCGGGCGACCGGGCCGUCCUGGGAUGAAUGGAUUCAAAGGAGAGAAAGGGGAGCCAGGAGACGCCAGCGUCGGAUUUGGUGCACGGGGUCCACCUGGCCUCCCAGGGCCUCCAGGGCCACCAGGGCCGCCAGGCCUUCCCGGGAGCCCUGUCUACGACAGCAACGCAUUUGUGGAGUCUGGCCCCGUGGGACCUCCUGGUUUGCCAGGGCACCAGGGGCCUUCUGGACCAAAGGGGGACAAAGGAGACGUGGGCCCGCCCGGGCCACCAGGCCAGUUCCCGUUCGACUUCCUCCAGCUAGAAGCUGAACUGAAGGGGGACAAGGGGGACCGAGGGGACACCGGGCAGAAAGGAGAAAGGGGUGAGCCCGGCGGCGGAUUCUUCGGCUCUGGUGUGCCUGGACCACCCGGCCCGCCAGGCUACCCCGGGAUUCCGGGUCCUAAAGGAGAGAGCAUCAGGGGCCAGCCUGGCCCACCUGGACCUCAGGGACCCCCUGGCAUUGGCUAUGAAGGGCGCCAGGGGCCUCCCGGACCACCUGGCCCUCCAGGGCCUCCAGGACCCCCUUCCUUUCCUGGUCCCUACAGGCAGACUAUCAGCGUUCCUGGCCCCCCAGGCCCACCUGGGCCCCCAGGACCNNGGGGCCCCAUUGGGCCGGGCCUCCAGCAGGUGAGGAUCUGGCCCACGUACCAGACCAUGCUGGACAAGGUGCCCGAGGUGCCCGAGGGCUGGCUCAUCUUCGUGGCUGACAGGGAGGAGCUGUAUGUCCGCGUCCGAAAUGGGAUCCGGAAGGUCCUGCUGGAGGCCCGGACACCACUCCCGCGUGGGACGGACAACGAAGUGGCCGCCUUGCAGCCCCCGCUGGUGCAGCUGCACGAGGGAAACCCGCACCCCCGGUGGGAACUGCCCCCCUCCACCUCACGACCCUGGCGGGCAGAUGACAUCCUGGUCAGGCCCCCACGCCUGCUGGACCCCCAGCCCUACCCUGGAGUCCCGCAUCACGGCUCCUACGUGCACUCCCGGCCAGCCCACCCCACUGGUGCUCCCGCCCACACCCACCAUGACUUCCAACCGGUGCUGCACCUGGUCGCACUCAACGGGCCACAGCCUGGCGGCCUGCGUGGCAUCCGUGGCGCCGACCUCCAGUGCUUUCAGCAGGCGCGUGCGGCGGGGCUGGCAGGCACCUUCCGUGCCUUCCUGUCGUCGCGCCUACAGGACCUCUACAGCAUUGUGCGUCGUGCCGACCGUGCCACCGUGCCCAUCGUCAACCUCAGGGACGAGGAGCUGUUUCCCAACUGGGAGGCCUUGUUCUCGGGCUCCCAGGGCCAGCUGAAGCCAGGGGCCCGCAUCUUCUCCUUUGAUGGCAGAGACGUGCUGCAGCACCCCGCCUGGCCACAGAAGAGUGUGUGGCACGGCUCAGACCCCAGCGGGCGCCGGCUGACCGAGAGCUACUGUGAGACGUGGCGGACUGAGGCCCCAACAGCCACGGGCCAGGCCUCCUCCAUGCUGACGGGCAGGCUGUUGGAACAGAAAGCCGCGAGCUGCCACCACGCCUUCAUCGUCCUCUGCAUUGAGAACAGCUUCAUGACCUCCUCCAAGUAGGGCUUCUGCCAGCUCACGUGGUGUAUGGACCGGCGGCCAGAGAGGAGGCCAGGCGGCAGGGCGAGUGGAGAGACCCCCAGUGCCGGGCAGGGAGCGGCAGCCAGCACUCCAGACAGGGGACCUGGCUGGGACACUUUCCUGUGUGGUUCACAUUUCAUGUAAUCCUCCAGAAAUAAAAGAAAGCCAAAGAGUGUAUUUUUUAAAAAGUUUAAAA